CGUACCAUGGUUCAUAACCUCAACACUACAAAUCCGUACAUCUCCACUGGAUCGUUGGGACGUCGUAUACGUCUCUACGUCAAAUGCGCAGUCACUGCCACAAUUCUCGGGCAAGUCUGCUUCUAUGUAGUCCAGGUACCCGCUAAAUGUAGAUGAUGUCUUUGAGAGCAGAAUUGGAAUUAAUUGAGACGUACAUCUUUGUAUAUAGAUAUGUUAUACCUGGAGCUCGAAGGCAGAUUUAUCGUGUGAUUUUCCAAUACGAAGUGUUCGUACCGCAUGGAAAUGCGAUGAUUAAAUCAUAGACUUAGUAAUUAGAUCUGAAACAGCAUCACUACCUGAAUAGACUUCUCGCUACAAUGCUUCCCGGGACCCAGUCCCUUGCGUAUUAGGCGGCCAACAGCUGACCGUGCCGCCUGCGCCUCACCCACAACACACAAAACUUUCCCCAAUACCUCAAUCUUUGGCGAUAGCAAAGUAUCUCAAAUAGGGUGCUAGGGUGCUGAGACUCGAAAGUAAGAUUCGAUCAGCUAUGAAAACUCCACCUAUUGAGUCCCCGUAUACACGAGUCUGCGAACACGACCCGGUCCAGGCAUCCAGCAGCAGUACAUACGUUGAAAUGCGAUCUCUACCCCAUAGAAAGACACCGAAUGGAGUCAAAGACGACAGGAAUAUUCCACAACGCCCAACGUUCCAAGCAACGUCGCUUCCGCUACAAGGUCCGGCGGCGUUAUUUGCUGUCAUUCUUCUCACGGGCGCCGCAGUAGGCGUGCUGCUCGCGAGCCGCGACUCACCAAUCGAGCGAUGGAAGGUUCAAAAUGUGCAUAUCCAACCCCAGGUCUGGCUCUCGGUUCUAUCAACCACCAUGGACGGACUGACCAUGUUUGCCCUCACCAAAGCCGCUGAAGUGACGUACUGGCGCACAGCAGCCCGCGGGACUACACUAAGAGAUAUGUACGACUUGUACGAAUCGCACUCUAUUCUCGGAGCGCUUAAUAACCUCUUUCGUCUUCGCGGGAAUGGCCUGGCUGUCGUUUCGGUGCUGUGUCUUGUGUCGGCAUUGCGUGGCCCGCUGUUUCAGCGCGCUUCAACGGUCGAUGGCAAUGCUUUGCGGGAAACGGUUGGACGGCAGGAGCUCAAGAUCGCGCAGCUUAUCCCGCCGAAUUUCUUGUUCCAGAAUUUAGUUGGGAAUCCGUUGCUUUUUGAUGGGGCGUACAAUGCUUAUGUGGAACGAACACCUAUACUUAACGUACCCAGCAAUGAAAAAGAAUGUGGUGAUAAGUGUGAAGGCAAAGUUAAGGGCUACGGUUUCGAGAUAAAAUGUUUAGACGUGUCCAGUGUUCCAUGGGACAACUCAUCCGAUAGCGCGCUCAGACAGAUGUACCAAGCUUCCGACAUCUCCAUUGGGAGCGCGGUACCGAUAUUCAACAGCUCGGCUGUUCUCCCCGGCGGAAUACAAAAAUACACGUUCGACAGCUCCCUGGACGAUGCAGCUCGCGAGGCUCAGAUUACUGCGGAACAGCAAGGCUGGUUCCAAACAACCAGUCUCUUCAAGUCCGAGCCCAUCUGCGGUGGAGCCCUCUCCGUUCACACGUGCUCGCUGCAUCACGCCGUAGUGGAGUAUGAUGUCGUUCUCAGCAAUGGAACUCUAAGCCUAAGAAGUGAUAACUGGCAGGACGACAACGUGCUUUUCCAAACCCCAACAUGGAACUUCCCCACCACCUAUGCUCCAGUCCAGGACCUCUCAGAACCCUGGGGUCCGACCGUUCACUGGGUCUCGUGGCUCAUGGCUGAGUUCAAUGAAGAGAUAGACAUGUAUACAGAGGGCAAAGAAGGCGGGCCGUCUGGUGGCGCCAACAGGCGUUACUUACUUGCUAAGCGGUUUAUCCACGGGGACAUCAACAACGUCAGCUGCAGCACUACUUUUGGCGAUCCCACGCAGUUCGUUCUCAACAGGCUUCGCGAAAUGGCAUUCCGCGCUGCCGCGGUCGCAGCUACUGUUACCGACCCUGCUAUUCUUUUUGGCAACGUCGAACUCGCCCAGGACGGCCUGUCGCGAGCGGCCAAUUGGACGCAGAAUGUUGAACUUAUCGGCCAGAGACGUGUGGUUGCAUAUACCGUGAGCAUUCCUUUCCUCGCGUGUGCUGUUGCUUGCAGUCUUCUUGCGGUCGUGGCUAUGGCACCGCUCUACUGGAAGGCGAGAAGCGAGAUAGUGGUACUCCGGUCGUUCAAUCCUCUCGAUGUUGCGCACGUCUUCGAUGCCCCGCUUCUUCACCAUGUUCACGACAAAGAUAUGGAGACCUAUGUGCGCAAAGAGCAAGGACUGAGGAGGGUGAGAUGUUCAGUCAAGGAGUCUCAAGACGGCGACAGUUCAAGAGCUAUGCGGAUUAUAUCCGGGGAUCGCCACACUGCAGCUGUUGCCAAAUGA